GGUCCAUCCUAUCCUGGGAGGAUUGGGCCUUGGGGCCUCGCGUGGGUGUCAGCAGCCUGGACCCUGGUCCGGGGCCGCUGGGGCUGGUUCCGGGGCCUGGAAGAGCUGCGGGAAGCGGAGGCGGCUCGGGAGACGCUGGAUCGAAGCGGGCGCAGACACCCGAAACGGCUGGGGUGGCCGCGAGCCGGCUGCUGAGUAAUCCUGGGCGGCGGGUGGGGGCGGCCGGGCGCCCACGUUCUCCGCGCCGCAGCCGGGCGGCGGCUCCGCCUCCGCCUCCGCGUCCCUCCCCGCCCCCUGCCGGCUGCUGUGCUCGGCUCCCGGCAGGUCGGAGCGGGGCUCGGGGAGCGCGGGCCGCUGCAGCCGCCUCCCGCACCUCGCCUCGGCCCGCGCGGAGCCUCGUGCGCCCAUGGCCGGCUCGGAGCAGCAGCGGCCGCAGCGGAGGGACGAAAUCGAGUCGGACGCGGCGGCGGCGGCGGCGCCCCUGCAGGACGCAGAGCUGGCCCUGGCUGGCAUCAACAUGCUGCUCAACAACGGCUUCAGGGAGUCGGAUCAGCUUUUCAAACAAUACAGAAAUCAUAGUCCACUAAUGAGUUUUGGAGCCAGCUUUGUGAGCUUUUUGAACGCCAUGAUGACCUUUGAGGAGGAGAAGAUGCAGCUGGCGUGCGAUGACCUAAAAACCACGGAGAAGCUCUGUGAGAGUGAAGAGACUGGCGUCAUCGAGACGAUUAAGAAUAAAAUCAAGAAGAACGUCGAUGCCCGCAAAUCCGCACCCUCGAUGGUUGAUCGACUUCAGAGGCAAAUCAUUAUUGCUGACUGCCAGGUCUACCUGGCUGUGCUCUCGUUUGUGAAACAAGAGCUGUCAGCUUAUAUCAAAGGUGGGUGGAUCCUUAGGAAAGCCUGGAAGAUUUACAAUAAGUGCUAUGUGGACAUCAACGCCCUUCAGGAGCUGUAUCAGAAGAAGCUAGCAGAAGAGCCCUUAUCUUCUGAUGCCGCAAACGAUAAUCACCUAGUGGCUGAAGGGGUGACUGAGGAGUCCCUAAACAGACUGAAAGGUGCUGUCAGCUUUGGAUAUGGCCUUUUUCACCUUUGCAUAUCCAUGGUGCCCCCAAACCUGCUCAAAAUCAUCAACCUGCUGGGGUUUCCUGGAGACCGCCUACAGGGCCUUUCUUCACUGACGUAUGCAAGCGAAAGUAAGGACAUGAAGGCCCCUUUAGCUACAUUAGCUCUGUUGUGGUACCACACGGUGGUCCGCCCAUUCUUUGCCUUGGAUGGCAGUGACAGCAAAGCCGGCCUGGACGAAGCUAAGGAGAUUCUUCUCAAAAAGGAAGCUGCGUAUCCCAACUCCUCCCUCUUCAUGUUCUUCAAGGGGCGGAUCCAGCGACUAGAGUGUCAAAUCAACAGUGCCUUGACUUCCUUCCACACUGCUUUGGAACUCGCCGUAGAUCAGAGGGAGAUUCAGCAUGUCUGUCUAUAUGAAAUCGGCUGGUGCAGCAUGAUUGAGCUCAACUUCAAGGAUGCCUUUGACUCCUUUGAGAGGCUGAAAAAUGAAUCCAGAUGGUCGCAGUGCUAUUAUGCGUAUUUGACUGCAGUUUGUCAGGGGGCCACUGGUGACGUGGAUGGUGCACAGCUUGUCUUUAAAGAAGUCCAGAAGCUGUUUAAAAGGAAAAACAACCAGAUUGAACAGUUCUCAGUCAAAAAGGCUGAGAGAUUUCGGAAGCAAACCCCAACCAGAGCUCUGUGUGUGCUGGCAUCCAUCGAAGUGCUGUACUUGUGGAAAGCCCUUCCCAACUGCUCCUUCCCCAACCUGCAGAGGAUGAGCCAAGCUUGCCAUGAAGUGGACGAUUCUUCUGUCAUUGGAUUGAAGCAUUUGCUCCUUGGUGCCAUACACAAAUGUCUUGGAAACUCAGAAGAUGCUGUCCAGUUCUUCCAGCGCGCUGCUAAAGAUGAGCUGUGUCGUCAGAAUAACAUGUAUGUCCAGCCGUACGCGUGUUAUGAACUUGGCUGUCUCCUGCUAGGCAGGCCAGAGACUGUAGGAAGAGGCAGAACUCUGCUCCUUCAGGCAAAGGAGGAUUUUUCUGGCUACGACUUUGAAAACAGAUUGCACGUCCGCAUCCACGCUGCUCUGGCCUCUCUGAAGGAACUGGUCCCUCAGUGAGAAACUCCGAGUGAGCCCUCUGUCCCCUCCACCCAGGGUCAGCACUUUGAACACAGAGGAGAAAGGCCUUUGAAGAUGAGCUUCUCUCCUGCAGACCACCUGUACCAGGGGUGCGUUCUGUGUCGCUGACGUCAAAGAUCCCUCUUUUAAACAUGUAGCUUCGGAGUAAUAAAGAUGUCGAAAAUGAUAAAAAUAACCGACCCGGGAGAGGGUUAAGUGACCUUGUUCAAACAUUUUAGUUUUGUGAUUUAUUAUUUUUAAAAUAAAAUCAAACUGAAGAUUCACCCUGUGUUUUUUGUAGGAGAGCCUACAUUAAGUGUCAUCAGAGCGGUCUCAGCAUGCAUCGUACCACAUAUAGCAUGCCUCUCAUGCUUAGAUAAAAAUUAAAGCAUUUUCCUAGCGGUUUACUUUAUCCUGGAAAUAUUCCUACGACAGCUCUGGCACAACCAUUCUUGGCUGGACCUGGUGGCACACACCUAAUCCCAGCACAUAGGAGGCAGAGGCAGGUAGCAUCUCUGAAAAGAAUUCUUACUCCUGUUUUAUGUGCAGCCAGACUCAGGUUCAGCAGUGGGAGCCGACUCACUGCAGUCAGUCACUCAUACUUAAUGGGGCAGUGGCUAGAACGCAGGCCUUGGGACCAGGAACUGGAUACUAUUUUAUAUAAAACAUGUAAACCCAGAACCCCAUGCUUAACUCCUCAAAGAUAAAACUCUCUGCAGCUCAAGCUGCUUCAUAGGUCUGCAUCCCCAGAGCUGGGAGGUGGCUCCUGUCUACAUCCCCAGAGCUGGGAGGUAGCUCGGGUCUACAUCCCCAGAGCUGGGGGGUGGCUGGGGUCUACAUCCCCCGAGUUGGGGGGUGACUGGGGUCUACAUCCCCAGAGCUGGGAGGUGGCUCCGUCAUGAAGUGCUUCCCACACGAGCAUAGGACCCGAGUUCCUGCUGCCAGUACCCACAUGAAAAUAACAAAAGCUAGGCAUGCCUCAGCACAGAUGUAGUAUUAGUGCUUGGGGAGCAGAGGCAGGGGGAUCCCUUGAGCUCCUCACUGGCAAAGUAGUCUUGCUGAAACAGUAAGCUCCAGGUUCAGUGAGAGACUUUGCCUCAAGAAACUGAGGUGGAGAGAGCCAGAGGAAGGCCUGAACUGGGCCUCCUACCUCUGCAUAC